AGUGUGUGGCUAGUCUAGUUACAGAAUACAAGUAUGCUACAUGUAAAUUUCGUUCACUCUAAUAUUUGAUGUGAAACCGAGCUACAGUGGUGCUUAAGUUGUGUAGAAACGCAAUGGAAGAACCCAAGGAAUGAAGACCCCGAUAUUGCGCUUCGUGUUCUUGGUUUUCACGACACAGCUAGAAAUCGGGUUAUACAAAGCACUGGGCAUCAAAGAAGAUAGUGGUCAAUGUGGAACCAUCGAUUCCAUACUCAAUGUGAAAUCUCAGAUGAACACCCAAUUAAUUGAGUUGGAAAAAAGACUGAAAGAGGAAUUCUCACAUACCAUCAAAACCCUGCAGACUGGAAUAAAACGUAGUAAAGAGUGUCCCAAAGGUUGGGAAAGACACAAACAAUCGUGUUACGGAAUAAACACGCAAGCAUUGACGUGGCAUGCCGCAGAUACGUUUUGUCGUAAUUUGUUUGCACACUUAGCUGAAAUUGACACAAAGAAGGAAAAUGACUUUAUAAGAAACAUGCUGAAAAAUUAUGCAGAUUUGAAUUGUAUCGACCGAGCCUGGGUGGGCGGUACAGAUAUACAUAAAGACAAGACAUGGACAUGGAGCUUUUCGGGGUCACCACUGCGCUUUAAGAACUGGAAUAAAGGCGAACCUAAAGACAAAAGAGGAGAAGAAUGUAUGGCAAUAUUGUUCAAAGAGAACAACUGGGAUGACAUCAAAUGUUCAUACCUAUCUAUAUCCGUCUGUGAAAAAGAAAUCUAGUGUUCAUACCUACCUAUAUCCGUCUGUGAAAAAGAAAUCUAGUGUUCAUACCUAUCUAUAUCCGUCUGUGAAAAAGAAAUCUAGUGAAAGAUUAUCUUCAGACUAUAUACUAAAGUAAAGUUGAAAA